AUGCUUUUGAAACUUGACACCAGCGCACUUGUUGCUGCACCGCGUGAAAACCCUCUACCCACUUCCAAUGAAACCACACAACAACCACUUCUUCAUCCUCUCAAUGCCACAGACAGAGAAUCUCGAUUCAAAAAAUCGAAUUUGCAACAAAAUAAUGAUUCUGUUAUUCCAAACAAAAGGGGUAACAACAACAAUGGGUUUGUUUUGAAGCAAAACAAGGUGCACUCCAAGUGUUUGAAGAAAUGGGUAUCUUACAGUGGCCGCAUUCCUACAAUUCUACAUGCUUUGGAUACCAUUCAUGAUUUGGAUAAGGCUUUUAGACCCUGGAAAAAGAGACUCAGCAACAAGGAAAUGAGUAUCAUAUUGAAGGAACAAGUUUGCUGGGAGAGGGCUUUGAAGAUUUUUGAGUGGUUUAAGAAAAAGGGUUGUUAUGAGUUAAAUGUGAUUCAUUAUAAUAUAAUGUUUUUGAUACUUGGAAAAGGGAAGAAAUGGAGCCUUGUGGUGGGUUUGUGGGAUGAAAUGAAUCUAAAUGGGGUUGCACCUGUGAAUUCUACGUAUGGAACAUUGAUUGAUGUUUAUAGUAAAGAUGGGUUGAAAGAAGAAGCACUUGCUUGGCUUCAAAUGAUGCUAAGUCAAGGGAUGGAACCGGAUGAGGUUACAAUGGGGGUUGUUGUUCAGUUGUACAAGAGAGCCGGAGAGUUUCGAAAAGCCGAAGAGUUUUUUAGGAAAUGGUCAAGAGGGGAGCCUUUGAGAGUAGAGGUUGAUCAUAGUACAGUUGAUUCUCUUCAUAUUGGCAAUGAGGUAUCACAUGCCAAUGUUUGUUUAAACUCACAUACAUACAAUACCUUGAUUGACACGUAUGGGAAGGCUGGUCAAAUUAGAGCCGUGUGUGAAAUUUUUGCUAAGAUGAUCAAACAAGGUGUAGUGCUGACUACGGUGACGUUUAAUACGAUGAUUCACUUGUAUGGAAACCGUGGACACAUACGAAAAGUAAGUUUAUUGUUGCAAAGAAUGGAAGAACUUCGAUGUUCCCCUGACACUAGGACAUAUAAUAUCCUUAUUUCUGUAUGUGUUAAACAUAAUAAUUUCACUUUGGCAGCAAAAUACCUUGCAAAAAUGAAAGAGGCCUUCCUUGAGCCAGAUCUAGUGAGUUAUCGCACCCUCUUGUGUGCGUACUCAACUAGGAAAAUGGUCCAAGAGGCUGAAGAGCUCAUACGGGAGAUGGAUGAAAGUGGUCUUAAGAUUGACGAAUUCACCCAAUCUGGAUUGACUAGGAUGUAUGUAGAAUCGAAUAUGCUGGAGAAAUCAUGGUUAUGGUUCAUGCGGUUUCACCUAGCUGGGAAUAUCACUUCUAGAUGUUAUUCUGCCAACAUUGAUGCAUAUGGCGAGAAAGGGUACACGUUAGAAGCAGAGAAAGUCUUUAUGUGCUGCAAAGACAGGAAGAAGCUUAGUGUCCUUGUACUUAAUGUGAUGAUUAAAGCUUAUGGGAUAGGGAAAUGCUAUGAUAAAGCAUGCCAACUAUUUGACUGUAUGGAGAAUUUUGGUGUUGUUGCAGAUGAAUGCAGCUACAGUUCUCUCAUACAUAUUUUGUCCUGUGCUGGCAAGCCACACAUUGCAAAACCUUAUCUGAACAAAAUGCAGGAGGCAGGAUUGAUGAGUGAUUGUGUCCCUUAUUGUGCUGUGAUAUCAAGCUUUGCAAAGUUAGGCCAAUUAGAUACUGCGGAAGCAUUAUACAAUGAGAUGAUUAAGUAUGCUGUGCAACCUGAUGUUAUUAUUUAUGGUGUAUUAAUCAAUGCUUUUGCUGAUGCUGGAAAUGUUAAAAAGGCUACUAUUUAUGUAGAUCAAAUGAGGAAGGCAGGUUUCUCAGGGAAUCCAACCAUACAUAACUCGUUGAUAAAGUUGUGUACUAAAGUAGGUUACUUGGAGGAAGCACAAGAAGCAUACAAGUUGCUUCAAUCAUCGGAUCAAGGUCCUUCAGUAUUUUCUUCUAAUUGUAUGAUUGAUCUUUAUACUGAGCGACUUAUGGUUGAACAAGCAACAGAAAUAUUUGAGAGCUUGAAGAAGGACAACAUUGUGAACGAGUUUUCAUAUGCAAUGAUGCUAUGUAUGUAUAAGAAAAUUGGAAGAAUGGGUGAAGCCAUUCAAAUUGCAAAACAGAUGAGAAAACUAGGACUCAUGACCGAUUUACUGAGUUAUAAUCAUGUGCUUGGCUUGUAUUCAAUGGAUAGGAAGCUAAAGGAAGCUAAAGAGACUUUCAAAGAAAUGAUAGAAUCUGGAAUUCAGCCAGAUGAUUUUACAUUCAGAGCUCUUGGAAAUCUUUUGCUGAAUUAUGGUGCUUCAAAGCAGGAUAUUGGAAGGCUAGAAGUAAUGGUGAAGCGGGAUGCUCCUCGUGGCUUGCAUGCAUGGAUGGUCGCACUUUCAAGAGAUUAUUCCAGAGAUGAAUAG